AUGGCUCAAUCUAAGCAUAUAGACAAAGUUCUUGAUAGUCAUAGUGAUGAAACUAUUGCAAAUAACCGUUUAAGGUUAAAGACAUCUAUUAAUGCUAUUCAAUGGCUUGCAUUUCAAGCAUGUGCAUUAAGAGGCGGUGAUGAAAGUCCUGGAUCUUUGAAUAGGGGAAAUUUUAUUGAGUUAAUUAAGCUUUUGGCUUCCUGUAAUCAGAAUGUUAAUAAUGUUGUCCUUGAAAAUUCUCCUGGAAAUGCUCAAUAUAUAUCUCCCGGUGUUCAAAAAGAUAAAUUACAUAUCUUUGCUAGAAAAGUCUGUGCAACAAUUCGAGAAGAAAUUGGUGAUUCUAAAUUUUGUAUAAUUAUUGAUGAAGCAAGAGAUGAGUCAAAGCAAGAACAAAUGUUUAUGGUUUUGAGAUUUAUAGACAAGCACGGUUGUGUUCAAGAAAGAUUUUUUGAUCUUAUACAUAUUUCUGAUACAUGUUCUUUGACAUUGAAAAUAGAAAUUUCAUCAGUUCUUUCUCGUCAUAAUCAUGAUGUCCAAAAUCUUAGGGGACAAGGGUAUGAUGGAGCUAGUAAUAUGCGUGGUGAAUGGAAUGGAUUGCAAGCUCUAUUUUUGAAAGAUUGCCCUUUUGUUUAUUACAUUCAUUGUCUUGCUCAUCGAUUACAAUUAGCACUUGUUUCUACAGCCAAAGAAUUAAAGGUUUCUCAAGUAAAUAAUAUUGCAAACUUAAUUGCCAAUGAUCAUAUUGUGACAGGUAGUGGACUUAAUAAAAUUGGUACUUUGCAAAGAGUUAGCAAUACUAGAUGGGGGUCUCAUUUGAAUUCUGUACGUAGCUUGUUAUGCAUGUUUGAUGCUACUUGUGAAGUUCUUGAAAAAAAGCACCGAAGAGGGUCAUUUUUCCACUCGUGGUGA